AUGGAGCUCACCACACCCGCAAACCCGACCUCCUUCUCUGGGAGGCUCGUCACGAAAUUGAGCAGGAAGUUCCGAUCCGACAAGCAGUAUUCUCAGGAAGCCAUUGAUAAGAAGAACAAGAAAGAAGGCGCGAAGCUCCGAAAACGAAGUCUCGCGACCGCUGCGCCAAAUGAUGCAGCGAACGAACUCGGUGAACGGAACGAGUAUGCUAUUUUCGAAAAUGCCACCCUGGCAAAUGCAAAGGAUUCGAAGCGGAAAGACCAUGGAGAGAUGAUGCACGGACUGGCUCAUCACGAUUCAUUCGAUUCCCUUCUCGAUCACAACCGAGGAUCCAUUGAAGACGACACAUAUGCCUCAGCAGCUGUACGGAGACGGCGACGUCAAGGCGUGCUUGUAUCGCCCGAGCACGAAGCACGCGUAGCCAGUCUGCCAGACGAGCUUUGGAAGCGAGUGGCCAUGAUGCUGGAUCCCAUCGAUGCCGUGCAUCUGGCUCUAGCUUCCAAAUCACUUCACCGAAAACUGGGACCUUUACCUUUUGAGAUGCUGAAUCACGAGGACAAUCGCCAUCGAAAACAUUCCCUCCUGCACAACAUGGACCAACAUCAUCCCGAUCACCUCCUCUGCUUCCCAUGUGGCAAAUACCACAAACGUAUCCAACCCGGCAAAGAAAUGCUCAAAAUCGACUUUGUCAAAAACCCCAUCUUCAUCUGCCCCAACGUCAAAGCCUCAGUUCUACCCCGAAUGCGAAUCGCCUACGGCCGCGAACUUCCCUACGCCUACGUCCAACUCGCCCUCCGCGCAUCCCGCCACGGCCCCUCCUACGGCAUCGAUGUCAACAACCUCUCCCGAAGAUGGAAAUGCAAACACUCAGGCUGGACCCACCGAACCCGCUACAUAGUCCACGACAACAGACUUCUCUUCCGCUGCGUCUCCCAAACCUUCGUACCCCCAGCCAAAGACCUAACCGAAACCCGCUCCCGCCACAUCCUCUACGACCGCGAAGAAUUCCUCCCCUUCUUCUCCGUCUGCGCCCACUGGCGCGACGGCGACCUGAUGAAAAUCUGCAAAUGCAUGAUGUCCCACGUCCCCGCCCCACCAGACCCUUACUCCAAACAACUCCAACGCGGCUUCAAAAUCUCUCGCUCCGCCGCAAACCCGAAUUUCAUCGUGCGAGGUUGCGACGAAUGUCGUCCCGCUCGCCGCUGUCCCGACUGCCCCAGCGAAUACCUGAUCGAAAUCCAAAUGUUGGAAGACGCGAGGGAUCGAAUCUCACCGUUUAAGCACGCGAUCGUUGUGACGAGGUGGGCGGAUUUGGGCGAUGGGAGCAGUCCGUAUACGAGUGCUGAGUGGACGGCUUGUAAUGGGUUGGAGUCGGAGUUUCGGAGUUUUACGUCGGUGGGGAGGAGGGCGGUGGGGGGCAUAUUCGAGAGUGCCGUUAGUGGGGCGGUGCCGGGGCAGAGGUUGAUUAGUUUGAAUCCGAAGAAUCUGAGGUUGGGGGAGGAGGGGCAUGGCUGGUAUUAG